AUGUGGAGCAAGAAAGGUACCAUAGAUGUCAUUGACCUUAGCAAUGAUUUCUAUUUAGUAAAAUUUUAUGCUAGUGAAGACUUUGAUUAUGCUCUGUUGGAAGGUCCUUGGAAGAUAUUCGAUCACUAUCUCACAGUGAGGCUCUGGGAACCCAACUUCAAUCCUAUGAAAGCCACAAUAGAUAGAAUUACUGCCUGGGUGAGACUUCCAGGAUUACCUAUAGAACUCUAUGACAGAACUAUAUUGAGAAAAAUUGGAAAUCUGAUUGGUAGGACAGUUAAAGUCGACGACAACACAGCCAAGAUGAGCAGAAGAAAAUUUGCUAGAUUAUGUGUAGAAGUUGACUUAACGAAGCCGUUGAUGGGAAGAUAUAUGAUCAAUGGAGAAGACUACCAGGUGGAAUACGAAGGGAUACAUCAGAUUUGCUUUACCUGUGGAAGAAUAGACCAUGAUCAGAAUAAUUGUACAAUGAAAAAGCAACAAAUAGAAACAGCAGCGAAUCAAAAUGAUGAGCAAAAAACAGGAAAAGAUAAGCAAAAUGAAACAAACAUAGAAUCAUCAAAAGGAAGUGAAGAAGGAAAUGGGAACACAAACAUGAAGGAUAAAGGAAAACAAAUAGUGGCAGAUAGCAAGGAAAAUUAUGGCACUUGGAUGGUCGUUCAAAGACCAAAAAGAGGGAAAAAGGAGGCAAAGAUGAAUUUAACAAAUAUGGGGGAGAAACCAGCAAAUCAAAAGAGAACCAAGACAGCAGAGAAAAUCACACAAGAUUUGGAGUUUUACAAAUAG